GAGCCGUUGGAGCCCAGCCCCUGUUCACCGUACCGCAGCGGCCUGGCUAUGGCACCAUGGGGAAGCCCAUCAAGCUGCUGGCCAACUGCUUCCAGGUGGACAUCCCCAAGAUAGACGUCUACCUCUAUGAGGUGGACAUCAAGCCCGAGAAGUGCCCGCGCCGUGUCAACAGGGAGGUGGUGGACUCCAUGGUGCAGCACUUCAAGGUUACCAUCUUUGGGGAUCGCCGGCCAGUCUACGAUGGGAAGAGGAGCUUGUACACAGCCAACCCGCUGCCUGUGGCAACCGCAGGGGUGGAUCUGGACGUCACUCUACCGGGCGAGGGGGGCAAGGACCGGCCCUUUAAGGUCUCAAUCAAGUUUGUGUCCCUGGUGAGCUGGCACAUGCUGCACGAGGUGCUAACCGGCCGCAGCAUGCCUGAGCCCCUGGAGCUGGACAAGCCCAUCAGCACCAACCCAGUCCACGCUGUGGAUGUGGUGCUGCGACACCUGCCCUCCAUGAAGUACACUCCGGUGGGUCGCUCUUUCUUCUCAGCCCCAGAGGGCUAUGACCAUCCCCUGGGUGGGGGGAGGGAAGUGUGGUUUGGUUUCCACCAGUCUGUACGCCCCGCCAUGUGGAAGAUGAUGCUCAAUAUUGACG